UAGUUAAUGAUUUAUUAUACAUGCGCUACUGAACUUAGAGAUCAGUAUAGCUGGGGUUGUUACAACAUGUAUUUGCUGGGGUCGUAGCUUUGGUGGAAAACAUGUCUGACAAGCCAGUGUGUGUUGCUGAUUUUGAGCUGCAUGCGAAGCGAGUUCUCCCCAAGGCGGUGUUUGAUUACUAUGUCUCAGGGGCAGAUGAACAAGACACACUGAAUGACAAUGUAGCCGCAUUCUCCAGGUGGCGGUUCUUUCCCAGAGUGCUCCGGGAUGUGUCCAGGGUGGAUUUGUCGGCGACGGUGCUGGGCCAGCACCUUAGUAUGCCUGUGUGUGUGGCAGCCACUGCCAUGCAGAGGAUGGCCCACCCAGACGGGGAAACGGCCACUGUGAGAGCGUGCCACACUGCUGGCACGGGCAUGAUGCUGAGCUCCUGGGCCACAUCCACCAUCGAGGAGGUGGCGGAGGCCUGCCCAGACAGCGUGCGAUGGAUGCAGCUGUACAUUUACAAGGACAGGGCGCUGACUCAGUCGCUGGUCAGGAGGGCCGAGAAGGCCGGGUAUAAGGGCAUCUUUGUCACCGUGGACACACCUUACCUUGGCAAGCGGCGCAAUGACGUGCGCAACCGAUUUAAGCUGCCCUCUCAUUUGAGGAUGUCCAAUUUUGACUCCCCAGAUUUAGCCUUCUCAUCCAAGGAGGGCUACGGUGAGGAUAGUGGCCUAGCGGUGUAUGUCGCUCAGGCCAUCGAUCCCACCCUGCAAUGGGAGGACGUGGCUUGGCUGAAGAGUCUGACCCGCCUGCCCAUAGUGGUCAAGGGGGUUUUGAGAGCUGAAGAUGCAGCUGAGGCCGUAAAGUAUGGAGUCGAUGGUAUACUUGUGUCCAAUCAUGGAGCCAGACAGCUGGACUGUGUACCUGCCACACUGGACGCACUGUCGGAGAUAGUGGAGGCUGUAGGCGGUCGAGCAGAGGUUUACCUGGAUGGGGGAGUCCGGCGAGGCACGGACGUCCUCAAAGCCCUCGCACUGGGGGCCAAAGCUGUGUUUUUAGGCCGUCCCAUCCUCUGGGGCCUAGCCUAUGAGGGGGAACAGGGUGUUGGUGAUGUGCUCGAGCUCUUCCGUGAGGAGUUCCGUCUGGCGUUGGCACUAGCAGCAGGUACUGUACAUAUGCAGACAGGCUUCACCUGGGAACAGGGGAGCUGAAAGAUGGGCAGAGCUAUGGAAUCUUGAAAAUCUGAUGACAACAUGGUAGAAUGUACUAGUGCCGGGAGAAGAGAGGGAGAGCAAGUCUUUUAUUUUGAUUCACAUGUUUUUCACUGAAUCCACAGCCCCCAUUCUUGUAAAUGAAACCACAUAGAAUCUGUAAAGUAUCCCUUGAUGAUGGUGAGGCAUUGGUGGACAAUUAG